AGUACUAUGGUAUAAACAGAAACUAAAGACUGAACAUGGGAAAUGGAAAUUCUUUUGCCUCUAGUCUUUACUCUGCACGUAAAGAAACUCGUAAAAUAAACAAUAUGAAAAGAAAAUUUAAUUUAAUCGAUAACGUCGAAUCUAGUGACAAAAAUUCUAAUAACCAAAAGUCUAAGGAAGACGUAAAAGAAAAAAUGUAUAGGAAUACAAUCUGGUACAAUUCUCUACUCAAUUCAGAAAAAACAUGUUUGAAAGACGAAAAAAUUAAAAAGAUACACUAUAAGUUUGACGAUGGUAAAGAAAUGGUUGAGGAAUACAAUGUUGAUACAAAGGUCUUGUUAAGGAGAGCUUGGAAAAUGAAAGGAAAACUUGGAGGGGAGGGUAAAUGGUCUGUAGAAAUAGGCGAUCCUAUAGUAGAUAACCCACCAAACACUGAUGCUAAUAGUAUUGUUGAAAGUAAAGAUCAACCUGUAGUUUUGAAAAGAAAUACGAGAAUAAAUAUAGAAUGGAGGAUAAGAAAUUUACCCUACCCUAUAGAAACAUACUCAAUCAAAGCUCAAAAAGAAGACAAGAUAAUUAUUAUAAGCACUUCCAAUAAGAAGUACUACAAAAAGCUAGAGGUUCCAGAAUUGGUCAGAUUAGGUCUGCCAAUAGACCAGAUGAAUAUUGAUGCUACCCACAAAUAUAAUACCCUAAUUGUAACAUACAAAAAACCACAGCAAUUAUUAGAUAUGGAAAGGGAAUGGUAUGAAGAGUUGGAUAAAGUCAAACCCAUUAAAGAUAUACCAAGUGAAUGUCAAACUCAGUAAAUUUAAUGAAUCCAUUGUACUGAAUUACAUACUUUAUAAGUUUAAUAAAAAAAAUAUUUGAUGUAAGUCAC